CUCCAGAAAUUGCACGAUAACCUUUGUCUAGGCCUGGCGCGAGGCUCCCCUACUGCUGAUCUGAUUCUUUCAGUGACCCAGUUCAAUAUCAUCCGUGCUGUCAUAUCGAAUAUCGCGACGAUGGGAAUGUCCACAGAAGAAAUGGGAAAUGACGAUACUCUAUCCCCUUGGAACAUGAAAAAUCCAUGGAAAUUAGACCUAGCUACCUUGCCACCGACGCUGCGACCUACUGAACUCCAGAAGCUCAUUCCACAUCAUCCGUGGAUUGAUCCUUUGCCACUGCCGUCGGUUCGCGAUGCCCUGUUGCGCAGAAUGGACGAUUAUGACGAUACUGAGCUCUGCAAUGAUAUGAUGGGUGAAUGUGGCCCCUCCAGCGGUAGACCAGGUCUUAUUAUUUGGUGUGACCCGUGGGAUUCGUACGGCUUCGAGAUAACGGAAAGUUUUGCUCAGAAAUGGAUUUGGAUGUUUAAAGAUUGCACUGAUCUGUUGAUGUCGACGAACCAUUGGCGAAGGCUAAGAGGAGAACACCCGCUGUUUGCGAUCCAUUCGGAAUAG